GACACACGUUGAGCUAAGUUGUCAAUCAAACUGGUACCAACCGCUCAGCAGUCAAAUCGAAGAUUUGUUGAUAUAAAUUCAGGUUGUAUGUUUUAGCAGUAUGAACGGGGCCGUUUUGGCUCGUUGCUCUGUGUGACUUCAAACCAAAGGAGGAUAUGCUGUUUUUUAAUCUUACCAGGUCUCAGUCAGCAAGGAAGCAUUUGCACUGCAAAGCUGCAUACCAGAGCUAACCCAUUUUUAUUUAACUGCUUCGCGACUCCUUUUUCACUUUUUUUUUGAGAAUGAAAGCGACAUUCUUCCUGUUGCACGCCAUCUCAUACUGCUGGCUGGGCAGUGCCACUCUUUCAAAAACUGAUGCAAAGAAGUCGCACAAAGCUGAGUCUGAGACAUCUGCUUCUGAGUUGUCUGUGUUGGAGAGAGGCCUUGUUGUCUCAGACCCGCAAUGGAAAGACAUAGUGAAGGAGGAGAAGCGACACUGUGCUCACAUCAAGAGAACAUUUCAAGGACAAGUGCUUGGAUAUGUCACACCUUGGAAUGCCCACGGCUAUGACGUUGCCAAGAUGUUCGGCUCCAAACUAACUUCAUUGUCUCCAGUGUGGCUUCAGCUCCGCCGACGGGGACCUGAAACCUUUGAUGUUACGGGACUUCAUGAUCAUGACCCAGGCUGGGUCAAAGCUGUACGCAAGUCUAAUAAAAAAGUCAGAAUGGUGCCUCGGCUGUUAUUCGAUGGCUGGUCUUACCAGGACUACAUGACUGUGCUGGGGAGUGAAGAUGAAAUUGAAGAGCUGGGAAGUGAGCUUGUGGAUGUUGCAAAGACUGAAGGUUUCGAUGGUUUCACCUUGGAGCUGUGGAGCCAGCUGGGAGGUAACAAAAGAAAGGAGCUGGUCCAUUUGGUCAAACACAUAUGUGAGAUUUUGAAGGCUAAAAGAUUAGACUGUAUUCUAGUCAUUCCACCUCCUGUGACAAGUGCAGGGCAGCCAGGUAUGUUUAGCAGGGAGGAGUUUGAACAAUUGGCCCCUGUAGUCGACGGAUUCAGCCUCAUGACAUAUGACUACUCCAGUGGUACCAGACCGGGCCCGAGCUCUCCCCUUCCCUGGGUGAGAGACUGUGUUCUCCAGCUGGCUCCCAACACUCAAUGGAGGCAAAAGAUCCUGCUUGGACUCAAUUUGUAUGGCCUUGAUUUUGCAAGCCAGGGAGCAGAGCCAAUCCUGGGAGGAAGGUACAUCGAGAUUUUGCGAGAACACAGGCCAAAACAUCUCUGGGAUGAAUAUUCUGGAGAGCAUUAUUUCAGUUACAAGAGGAACAAUGCAGUUAAGCAUGUGGUGUACUAUCCAACACUGAAGUCAAUCUACCUGAGGAUCUCUUUAGCCACUGAACUGGGAACAGGAAUUUCCUUAUGGGAACUGGGACAAGGACUGGACUAUUUCUAUGAUCUCCUAUGAGAGUUGAUAGUGAAAACUGAUUUUGGAUCAUCAGCACAUGGAUUUGUUUUCUUUUUCCCUGAACAUGGUGCACCAAAAAAUAUGCAGGUAUUAUUUUUGUUUUUCGUUUCUGAGUGAGUGACAUGAACUCUGAAACGAGCUGUUGACAGGAUUUAGUUAAUACUCAACUUGUUUGAGUGUCAUGAAAGCGUUUAGAAAUCUUGUCUGGAUGAACACGUGAGAUUUGUUGAUUCAAACAAUGGCAGCAGACACUUCAGUAUGUUGUGAGUUUAGUAACAUCUCCAUUCAACAACAGAGGGUGCAUGCUCAUCAAUAUGUUUGGAGUUUAAAUGAAGGUUUAUAUUCUUGUGCUGAGGCCUUCAGUGUUUACGUGCCACAAACAUCUGCAUCAUCUCUUCGGUCCAACUCCAGAAAUCUUCUGCUUUUUUUUGCUCUCAGUUGCCCAUAAACAUUUUGAUGCUUCUCUGGCUUUGAUCAUAAAAACUACAUAUGCUCAAAAUCAAGACAUUUGAUUGUUUUUUAUUAGGUUUGUAGGUUUAAAAGCACUAUCAGUUAAUGAAUUUCUAUCUACGGUGUUGCCGCAACAUCUGUUCUGACCCAGCAUUUUCCAAUAUUUGUCUGAGAUGUGUGUUUCUCUAAUUAAAUGAAUAUACAUGUGGAACAACAAAA